UAGCAGUACUUUUGCUGAAAGUUGAGUAUUAUAGUGCCAGAUGUUCAGGCUGGCACAGGUACUCAGUGCACUCGUUGGGUGGAGUAAGAUAGAGAAGUGUUGGGGCAGUGGUAGCAGUGACAAGUGCAAGGGGACUAAUGGCAAAGGGAAUCAACAUGGCAAAAAUGAGUGCGAGUAUCUCAAGGAUAUAGAGGCGAAGAACAAGUGUGACAAAUGUGAAUGCAUGAAAUGGGACGUGGCCAAGGCGGAUGAUGAAAAGAAUGGACACCACCUGGGCAGGGGGUGCAAGAAAUGUGCCUCUGAUGAGGAGGCGAAGAAGGCGUGUGAGUGUGGUACUGGUGGCUGUAGUGCUGGCGAGGAGUGUAAAUGCGCUAAAGAAGGCAAAUGCUGCAAGUGUUGUUGUACGAGUUGUGAUGGGUGUAAGGAAAACGCAAAGUGUAGCUGUAUCGAAAAUGGGAAGAAUAGUCUUAGAAUUCGUGAACACAAAGACAGCUAUAGGUCAGCAUACGAGGUAGAACUAGUUUACGAAUGGAAUAUUGGUAAAGAAUACCUAGUAUGGCCAAAAUGGUCCGAUAGAAAAACUAGUAAAAAGCGAGCGGUGGCUGCACGUAACUUACUAGGCUCAGUAUGUCUCAUCUGGAGUGGCAUUACAUAUAUGUAUUGGACAGGCAAGUACCAUAAAAGUAGCCCACGGUGGAACAACCACAUUUUAAACGGCAGUGGUCUAGAUGAUGGUACACUAUCCCAGUGGUUACAGGCCCUAGGGUUUCCUAAGGAUAUGUUGAAUAACCAUGGGCCACAGAAUAGACUUGACAAGGUCAUAUGGGAUGGGAUUAUGGAUAAGUUAUAUUUGGGAUUCCCGGAUACUGGUAAGUGGAGUGCCGAAAGAGUCCAUGGCAAUGACACUGAUGCUAAUACAUUCAGACAACCAGCUGGUAUGAACUAUGCUGGAUAUAUACAUACCGUAGACAGGGGUGCAUUUUGCAAGGAUGGUACUGUCUUCAAGAAUGGCAGCUCUAGUACUAGUGAAGAAAACACCAACAAAUGUGGUGCCCUCUUCAAGCUCUAUAUUCUAUCAUGUGCCUACUUUACCGGGUUACAGAACAAAGCUCCGCCGAAGGCGGAAAAUAAAACUCCCAAGACCAUUCGGGAGAUCCUAUACUGGCUUAGUGCAUUGCCCUAUAGUCAGGCAUAUAAACAGAUACUGGAGCAUUCCAAGGAAGUAUUGAAGAAGGUAGCACCAAUGGUUGGCGAGAAAAAACAGCUUUCCUUUCACCAAACAGGCCGUUCAGCUCCAAUUACCGUCCAUGAAUACAACCUGUUUGCCCACUUCCAAGCAGUGACCCAGUACUGCCCACUGGUACUCAUAGGUAUCCAAGGAGGAUUACACAGUGCCACUAAAGGCACCAAAGAACCUGCCAUCCACUCCCUCUAUGCUAACACUGAAUGUAGAUUCACCUAUCCCACUGUGUCCAUCCAAGCAUACAACCAGGUGGUCCACUACAUUAGGGCUCUGUUCUAUCAGUUGUACUUCCUUAGGAAGCAGUGUGCUGUGAAAGUUGCUCUAGGAGGUAAAUGGCGGGAGUGUAGGUAUGGCAGUGGAGUGCUUGGGAAGGAUGUAGUUAGCUGGAUGUGCCUGGGGUGUAACCCCAUGGAACAUGAUAGGAAAAGUAGGGUUGAAGGAUUAAAGAAGGGAUUGGAAACGGUGCUCAAUGGGAAACUUUCAGAGCUUCCAAAGGCCCUAAAGAAAGUACUUCAGAAGAUUGGUGAUGUAGUGGUACAAUUGGGUAAUGCCCAGGAGGCAUUGGAAGGGAAGAAGAAGGAGGCGAUAGGGAAGGUGAAGGUGGCACUGGAGAAGGCUAAGCAGAAACUGGAGGAGGCUAAGACGGGACUAGAUACGGUGAAUGGGAAUGGUGGGCUGACUGGGAAACUAGAUGAGGCUAAGGAGAAACUAGGGGAGCUGACGAAGAGUGGUAGUGGACUGAUAGAUUCAGUAACUGGGGGUGAGGGACUAGAGAAGGCCACGAGUAAGGGUGAAUAUGAUCCUGGUAAGAACAAGAUCAGUGAGGCUAUCAAUGGAGUACGUGAGGCAUUGGAGGCAUUACAAAAGGAAAUCCAGGCGCUGAAAAAGAAAGAGGUGGAAGAUGACAAGUUUGCACUAGAUACAGUUUUGGAUCCAUAUGUAUCCGAUAUUAAAUUAGAAGACAUAAUUCAGCAGGCGAUAUCCCACGAGUACACCACACUACUCAAUGCCAUCAAAAAGCUCAUAUCCCUAUGCACCUCUCCCAAAUGCACUCCAUGUGAAUCACACUCUACCAAAUGUGGCCAACAGCCACAGUCCAAGAUCUGUGACAAAUGUCACCAACAGUACAUGGACGGCUUCCCCUCCCCCCUCCAGGCAUUCCUGGAAGACAGGUUACCAGGCUUUAGUUGUAAAGAAAUACCAGAAGACGACAAGCCAGAGUACCCACCCGCUGCAUCCCACUUGGGACACUGUAAUGGCUCAGGUCAGUGCUGCCCCUUGCCCAUGGGCUUCAGAGGGCAAUUCCACAAGGGCAGCACCAGUGAUUUUACCGGAGCACGCCUUUAUGGCAUACUAUACUUCUUCAGUAAUGAGAACAUGAUGCAGUCGUGUGUUUAUACACUAGUGAGAGUCACUGCAGCACUCAGUGCUACCACACCACAGGUACUAGGUGAUGUCUUUGGGUUCUUUAGGGGUGGUGUAGGAAACAAUGAGGAAGGGAUGCCACAGAAGGGAGAUGUUGAAAAGAAGUGUGAACACACAGGGAAUCCCAGUGAGACAUCUGAGGAGAACAAGGAGAAAUACUUUUGCGGCUGGUGUGCCUCUGGGUUACGGGAUGUAGUAAAACAAAUAGAGUGGAUAAGAAAGAAGGACGAUGAUGAAGGGCAGUAUAGAGGCACAGUAGGACAAGCACUGAUAAAUAUUAAAGGGGACAAAGGCACUGGUAGUGCCGUUCCAUAUUCCAGUGCCGGUGCCACCACUAGUAACCUCUCACGACUCACUAAGAACUGCCAGUACCUCUCCCCCCUAACCGGUGAACUCUAUACCGCAGUGAGUGCCACUUUCGGUGGAACAUACCUCUCAUGGGUACUGUACCUAUCAGAUGCACUUCAUUCAGGACUAGAGUCACUCUCUGAGGCAUUCCUUCAGAUUGAAUGCAAUGCGUGUAAAGGACAAUGCGACCCCAAUAGGUGCAAGAAGGGUGAGCACGGACAGGGAAGCGGUCAAUGUGGAUGCCAGUCGGUCGUAUCAUGUACCGGGGUACUACCGGUGUUGUAUAGGCAUGGGUUGAGUUAUUGUGAUGUAGAAGCGUUGCAUUACAGUAAGGGUGAGUUUUACUAGUCCACUUUAUAUACU